AUGAAGACAAACUUCUGUAGAAUUUGCGGGAAAACAUACGCAAGACCUAGUACUCUGAAGACUCAUCUCCGUACCCAUUCUGGAGAAAAGCCUUAUAAAUGUCACAUUUGUAGUAAAUCAUUUUCUCAAGCCGCUAAUCUAACAGCUCAUACCAGAACACAUAGCGGUGAAAAACCAUUUCGAUGCCCAGUUUGUGAAAGAAGAUUCUCUCAAAGUUCGUCAGUGACAACACAUAUGAGAACACAUUCUGGAGAACGACCAUACAGAUGCAGAUUGUGUAAAAAGGCCUUUUCAGAUAGUUCAACACUUACAAAACACCUGAGAAUUCACAGUGGAGAGAAACCAUAUCAAUGUAAACUCUGUCUUCUGAGGUUUUCACAAUCUGGUAAUCUGAAUAGACACAUGAGAGUACAUGCCAAUAAUAACUGA